AUGAACCAGGCGUUACACUUCCUGCGGUUGGUAUCCCUUGCGUCAAUUGGUUAUGUGGCUCCUACUAUCAUUGAUGUUCGGUCUGUUGCAUCCAUUGGUUGUCUGGCUGCUGCUAUAAUUGAUGUUCGGUCUGUUGUGUCUAUUGGUUGUCUGGCUGCUACUGCCAUUAAUGUUCGGUCUGUUAUGUCCAUUGGUUGUCUGGUUGCUGCUGUCAUUGUUAUUCGGUAUGUUGUUGCCAUUGGUUUUCAGUUGCUUAGGUCGGUUCCUCUUCUAUCGCUUUUGUCCCACUUCCUGACGCCCCAGUAUAUUUUUUACUUUUACUUUGGUUCUUUGGAAUGA